ACUAAUGCAUUCUGCUCUUUUUGAGAGUGCAGCUUCUCAGAUGUGCUCCUUGGAGCUGGUGUGCAGUGUCCUGACUGUAAGAUCAAGUCCAAACCUGUUUUGGACUUGAGAAAACUUCUCUUUUGAUCUCAGCCCUUGGUGGUCCAGGUCUUCAUGCUGCUGUGGGUGAUAUUACUGGUCCUGGCUCCUGUCAGUGGACAGUUUGCAAGGACACCCAGGCCCAUUAUUUCCCUCCAGCCUCCAUGGACCACAGUCUUCCAAGGAGAGAGAGUGACCCUGACUUGCAAGGGAUUUCACUUCUACUUACCACAGAAAACAAAAUGGUACCAUCGGUACCUUGGGAAAGAAAUACUAAGAGAAACCCCAGACAAUACCCUUGAGGUUCAGAAAUCUGGAGAGUACAGAUGCCAGGCCCAGGGCUCCCCUCUCAGUAGCCCUGUGCACUUGGAUUUUUCUUCAGCUUCACUGAUCCUGCAAGCUCCACUUUCUGUGUUUGAAGGAGACUCUGUGGUUCUGAGGUGCCGGGCAAAGGCGAAAGUAACACUAAAUAAUACUAUUUACAAGAAUGAUAAUGUCCUGGCAUUCCUUAAUAAAAGAACUGACUUCCAUAUUCCUCAUGCAAGUCUCAAGGACAAUGGUGCAUAUCACUGUACUGGAUAUAAGGAAAGUUGUUGCCCUGUUUCUUCCAACACAGUCAAAAUCCAAGUCCAAGAGCCAUUUACACGUCCAGUGCUGAGAGCCAGCUCCUUCCAGCCCAUCAGCGGGAGCCCAGUGACCCUGACCUGUGAGACCCGGCUCUCUCUAGAGAGGUCAGAUGUCCCUCUCCGGUUCUGCUUCUUCAGAGAUGACCAGACCCUGGGAUCAGGCUGGAGUCUCUCCCCGAAGUUCCAGAUUACUGCCAUGUGGAGUAAAGAUUCAGGAUUCUACUGGUGUCAGGCAGCAACAAUGCCUUACAGCAUCAUAUCUGACAGCCCAAGAUCCUGGAUACAGGUGCAGAUCCCCGCAUCUCAUCCUGUCCUCACUCUCAGCCCUGAAAAGGCUCUGAAUUUUGAGGGAACCAAGGUGACACUUCACUGUGAAACCCAGGAAGAUUCUCUGCGCACUUUGUACAGGUUUUAUCAUGAGGGUGUCCCCCUGAGGCACAAGUCAGUCCGCUGUGAAAGGGGAGCAUCCAUCAGCUUCUCACUGACUACAGAGCAUUCAGGGAACUACUACUGCACAGCUGACAAUGGCUUUGGUGCCAAGCCCAGUAAGGCUGUGAGCCUCUCAGUCACUGUCCCAGUGUCUCAUCCUGUCCUCAACCUCAGCUCUGCUGAGGACCUGAUUUUUGAGGGAGCCAAGGUGACACUUCACUGUGAAGCCCAGAGAGGUUCACUCCCCAUCCUGUACCAGUUUCAUCAUGAGGAUGCCACCCUGGAGAGUACGUCGGCCAACUCUGCAGGAGGAGUGGCCAUCAGCUUCUCUCUGACUGCAGAGCAUUCAGGGAACUACUACUGCACAGCUGACAAUGGCUUUGGCCCCCAGCGCAGUGAGGCAGUGAGCCUCUCCGUCACUGUCCCUGUGUCUUGUCCUGUUCUCACCCUCCUCUCUGCUGAGGCCCUGACUUUUGAAGGAGCCACUGUGACACUUCACUGUGAGGUCCACAGAGGUUCCCCACGAAUCCUAUACCAGUUUUAUCAUGAGGACAUGCCCCUGGGGAGCAGCUCAACACCCUCUGUGGGAAGAGUGUCCUUCAGCUUCUCUCUGACUGAAGGACAUUCAGGGAAUUACUACUGCACAGCUGAAAAUGGCUUUGGUCCCCAACGCAGUGAGGUGGUUAGCCUUUUUGUCACUGUUCCAGUGUCUCGCCCCAUCCUCACCCUCAGGGUUCCCAGGGCCCAGGCUGUGGUGGGGGACCAGCUGGAGCUUCACUGUGAGGCCCCGAGAGGCUCUCCCCCAAUCCUGUACUGGUUUUAUCAUGAGGAUGUCACCCUGGGGAGCAUCUCAGCCCCCUCUGGAGGAGAAGCUUCUUUCAACCUCUCUCUGACUGCAGAACAUUCUGGAAACUACUCAUGUGAGGCCAACAAUGGCCUAGUGGCCCAGCACAGUGACACAGUAUCACUCAGUGUUGUAGUUCCAGUAUCUCGUCCCAUCCUCACCUUCAGGGCUCCCAGGGCCCAGGCUGUGGUGGGGGACCUGCUGGAGCUUCACUGUGAGGCCCUGAGAGGCUCCCCCCCAAUCCUGUACUGGUUCUAUCAUGAAGAUGCCACCCUGGGUAAGAUCUCAGCCCCCUCUGGAGGAGGAGCCUCCUUCAACCUCUCUCUGACUACAGAACAUUCUGGAAUCUACUCCUGUGAGGCGGACAAUGGUCUGGAAGCCCAGCGCAGUGAGAUAGUGACACUGAAAGUUGCAGUUCCGGUGUCUCGCCCCAUCCUCACCCUCAGGGCUCCCGGGGCCCAUGCUGCGGUGGGGGACCUGCUGGAGCUUCACUGUGAGGCCCUGAGAGGCUCUCCCCUGAUCCUGUACUGGUUUUAUCAUGAGGAUGUCACCUUAGGAAAUAGCUCGGCCCCCUCUGGAGGAGCGUCCUUCAACCUCUCUCUGACUGCAGAACACUCUGGAAACUACUCCUGUGAGGCUGACAAUGGCCUCGGGGCCCAGCGCAGUGAGACAGUGACACUUUAUAUCACAGGGCUGACCGCGAACAGAAGUGGCCCUUUUGCCACAGGCAUCACCGGGGGCCUGCUCAGCAUAGCAGGCUUUGCUGCUGGGGCACUGCUGCUCUACUGCUGGCUCUCGAGAAAAGCAGGGAGAAAGCCUGCCUCUGACCCCGCCAGGAGCCCUUCAGACUCAGACUCCCAAGAGCCCACCUAUCACAAUGUACCAGGCUGGGAAGAGCUGCAACCAGUGUACAGUAACGCAAAUCCCAGAGGAGAAAAUGUGGUUUACUCAGAAGUCCGGAUCAUCCAAGAGAAAAAGAAACAUGCAGUGGCCUCUGACCCCAGGCAUCUCAGGAACAAGGGUUCCCCUAUCAUCUACUCUGAAGUUAAGGUGGCGUCAACCCCGGUCUCCGGAUCCCUGUUCUUGGCUUCCUCAGCUCCUCACAGAUGAGUCCACACGUCUCUGCAACUGCUGUUUCAGCCUCUGCACCCCAAAGUUCCCCUUGGGGGAGAAGCAGCAUUGAAGUGGGAAGAUUUAGGCUGCCCCAGACCAUAUCUACUGGCCUUUGUUUCACAUGUCCUCAUUCUCAGUCUGACCAGAAUGCAGGGCCCUGCUGGACUCUCACCUAUUUCCCAGUUACAACCCUGACUGGCAGGUUGUUGAAUCCAGUGGCAGGGUGCUCCCACCCCAGGGCCCAGCACAUCUCCUGGAUUCCUUAGUGGGCUUCAGCUGUGGUUGCUAUUCUGAGUACUGCUCCCAUCACACCCCCACAGAGGGGUUCUUACCACACAAAGGGAGAGUGGGCCUUCAGGAGAUGCCGGGCUGGCCUAACAGCUCAGGUGCUCCUAAACUCCAACACAGAGUUCCUGCUUUGGGUGGAUGCAUUUCUCAAUUGUCAUCAGCCUGGUGGGGCUACUGCAGUGUGCUGCCAAAUGGGACAGCACACAGCCUGUGCACAUGGGACAUGUAAUUGAUCUCCCCACAGGCUGCAUUUCACACUCCUCCACCUGUCUCAAACUCUGAAGUCGGCACUUGACACCAAGGUAACUUCUCUCCUGCUCAUGUGUCAGUGUCUACCUGCCCAAGUAAGUGGCUUUCAUACACCAGGUCCCAAGUACUUCCCAUCCUAACAGAAGUAACCCAGCAAGUCAAGGCCAGGAGGACCAGGGGUGCAGACAGAACACAUACUGGAACACAGGAGGUGCUCAAUUACUAUUUGACUGACUGACCGAAUGAAUGAAUGAAUGAAUGAAUGAAUGAAUGAAUGAGGAAGAAAACUGUGGGUAAUCAAACUGGCAUAAAAUCCAGUGCACUUCCUAGGAAAUCCAGGAGGUAUUCUGGCUUCCCUGAGUAAGAAACAAUGGAAGAGAAGGAGCUUGGGUGAUGCAACUGUUCAGCAAGAGGAAGGGCUUCUCACACUUUCAUGUGCUUGUGGAUCACCUGAGGAUCCUGUGAAAAUACAGAUACUGAUUCGGUGGGUCUGCGUAGAGCCUGAGACUGCCAUUCUAACAUGUUCCCAGGGGAUGCUGAUGCUGCUGGUCCUGGGACCGCACUGCAUGCAUUUGAGGCCCUGUAGGUCUCAGCAGAGGCCCAUGGAGAGGCAGUGUGUGGCUCUGGCUGCCCAGGGCCCAACUCGAUUCACACGGAUUAUGCUGCUCCCUGGCCAGCCCUUGGCCACAGCACCACCAGCUGCUGUUGCUGAGAGAGCUUCUUCUCUGUGACAUGUUGGCUUUCAUCAGCCACCCUGGGAAGGGGAAAGUAGCUGCCACUAUCUUUGUUUCCCCACCUCAGGGCUCACACUUUCCCAAGAAAAGGGUGAAUGUAUACGUGAGCCCUCUCCAUUCAGAGUUGUUCUCCCAUCUCUGAGCAAUGGGAUGUUCUAUUCCACUUUUAUGAUAUCCAUCACAUAUUAUCUUGAUCUUUGAUCCCAGUGGAUUGUACAGUGAUCACUUUUAAGCCCCAUGGCCCUGAAAAAAAAUCCUUCCAAGGGCAUUGGAAGCUCACUCCACCUGCCACAUGGCUUUUCAUGCUUCCAAGUGUCAGGGCCUUGCCCAGAUAGACAGGGCUGGCUCUGCUGCCCCAACCUUUCAAGGAGGAAACCAGACACCUGAGACAGGAGCCUGUAUGCAGCCCAGUGCAGCCUUGCAGAGCACAAGGCUGGAGGCAUUUGUCAUCACUACAGAUAUGCAACUAAAAUAGAAGUGGAGCAAGAGAAAUGCAUUCCCACCGAGGCCGCUUUUUUAGGCCUAGUUGAAAGUCAAGAAGGAGAGCAGUAAGCAUAGGCUCAGGAUUAAAAAAAAAAAUCUGCUCACAGUCUGUUCUGGAGGUCACAUCACCAACAAAGCUCGCGCCCUAUGCAGUUCUGAGAAGGCGGAGGCACCAGGCUCAAAAGAGGAAAUUUAGAAUUUCUCAUUGGGAGAGUCAGGUACCCCCCAUACCAGAAUGAUAACCGCACAGUGGCAGAACAAACUCCACCCUAACGUGGGUGGACCCUGUCCAGUCUGUUGAAGGCCUGAAUAUAACAAAAGGGCUGAUUCUUCCUCAAGUAAGGGGGAACUCCUCCUGCUUUGGGCUGGGACAUAAGUUUUUCUGCUUCCAGACGCAAACUGAAAAAUGGCUCUUCUUGGGUCUUGAGCUUGCUGGACUGAAAGAAACUACACUACUGGAUCUCCUGGAUCUCCAGCCUGCUGACUGCAGAUCUUGAAACAUGUCAGCCUCUACAGUCACAAGAGCUAAUUCAUUCUAAUAAACCAAUCUCUCUGUAUGUGUGCAUGUGUAUGUGUGUGUAUAAAUGUAUAUGUGUUUGUGUACACAGAUGAGGUGUAUAUCUGUGUGGUUACCCCAUGGAUACAUGUGAGUACACACAAAAAAAUCACACACACACAA